AUGUGGUGUGAGAGCGUCCAGCCUAUGCUGGAGGGUCUCGGGGCUCUGCAGCCCCGUCUGGAGGGUUUUGAGCAGGAUGUGAGCCGGCUGAAGGAGUGGUCCUCGGGGCUGACUGAGAAACGAACCCAGCUCCAAACCAGCCUGACUGCACUGAAAGACGCUGUGGGACAGAUCGAAGAUCGGACCUCGGCCAUCUCAAAGGACUUCAACAACAAGGUGGCGUCAGUGAGGACUGACGUUCGCAGAAUGGACGGUCUGCGGUCAGAACUGGAGUCUCUGCUGACUCAGCUGGGCGAGCUGGACGACAAGACUUCUCAGGUGGAGCGUAGCAUGAUCAAACGCAUCGGGGAUGUGCUGACCAGCAGCAUCGACCGAGUCUCGAAUCUCCGCGCCGCGUCCGAACGCAACACUCAGGCCAUAGAGCAGCUCCGCAAGCGUGUCACUGAACUCGCUGUGGCUGACGACCUCACGUCUGAGCGCCUGAGGGAGCUGGAGAGCGGCAGAGCUCGACUGAUCAGGACGGUGACCUUCGCCGCCGACCUGAAACCAAAAGUGGCUUCUAUAAAGAGAGACUUCGGGGCGUUUGAGCCUCAGCUGUCCGACCUGACUCUGCGGAUAGGGAGACUAGCAGAGGAUCUGACUCAGAGAGAGAAGGAGAUUGCUGAGCUCAGGCAGACAUUAGCUAACCUCACUGCAGUGGAGGGAGAUUUAAGUGUUACAGCUAAACAGGUUGACCAGUGA